AUGGUCUAUGUUCUUUCCCAUCUACGGGGUAAAGUCCUGCGUCUCCCACUCUUUUUAAUAUUAGUCAUUCGCGAAAAAGAACGCGGAAUUAGAGAAAAAACAGACCGCUAAAUGAGACGAUAUUUCCUUUCAAUUUUGUGAUUCCAUUGAAUGCCCCGCCGACUUUUGAAGGUAAUGUGGCAAUUUACAUUAUUUCAAGUCAUCUAUGAUAAACCCUUGAAAAUUUUUUAAAUGAAUUUCAAAAAAAUGUAAUCAAAAACAUUUUCAGGAACCCACGGUCAUAUCAGGUACACUCUGAAAGCGGUCAUUGAUCGCCCUUGGUUUCUGGAUUGCAAACAGCAGAUCGGAUUUACAGUAUUGCCCUACAUUGAUCUCAAACUUUUUCCCUCGAGCACAGAGCCGGUAAAAGCCGAAGCUCAGAAGGCGUUUACGGCCUUAUUAGGACGUACCGGCCAUGUCAAGGCGGUUGUUGCGACGAAUAAAAGGGGUUAUGUGCCUGGAGAAAAGAUCGAGCUGAACGUGGAGAUUCUGAAUGUAACUGAAAAGAAGGUCAAUGCAAUUGAAUGUCAGGUAAGUAAUUAUCUCAUGGUUUCUAGAGGCAUUUAUUAAGCUUUGGAAGCGCCAUUUACAUCCAGAUAAGAAUGACCUCUUGCUAAAAAAUCUUAAAAUUUCAGUUGAUCCAGCACGCCCAUUACACCGGGACUUCCAUCUCAGAUUACAAGGGGAAUCCCUUGAGCUUGUCGCAAGUCGGCGGAGUAAGUCAAGUCACGUCGACGGAGACAAUCAUUGGAAAUGCUCGACACGACUUUGAGCAUUCGAUGAAAGGGAAUUUCACUUACAAACAUCUCGUCCCAAUCCCACCAGUUGUGCCGUCUUUCAACAAUUGCCCCAUUAUCAACGUUAACUACUCUUUAAAGGUAUGGAAGUCUAAUUAAUCGGUAUUUUACCUCAUUAUAGUUACACAAGGUUAUUAAAAAAUGUCCAAGAAUAAUGCUGGGCGAAGCUCAGAGUUAGGCGAAACUUGGCGCAAAUUUAGGUCAGGACUUUCAAAAUAGUGUAUAUAUAGAUUUUUAAAUUGGGUUAUGCAGAAAGAAGUGAGGUUUUUAGAUCGAAAACUAGCGAAAAUUUGGAUUUUUUUGCGCGAAGAAGAUAGUGAAAAUCUCGGCUGUUCUUUCAAAGGGCGAUCUAAAAAUUUCCGGAAUUGAUACGUGAUCUAAGCUCAGCUUGUGUCGAAAAUUUAAAAAUGAUGAAAAAAUUUCGCUUUGAAUAUGUGCUUGGCAAUUUUUGGCCAAAAAGUCAUCAAACAAAAGUUUUUCAAUCUUGUUUUUCAGGUAUUUAUUGUCAUCAAAAAUCAAGACCCGAUAGCUCUUCAACUUUCCAUCAUCAUCGGAACAAUUCCCACCCAACCUCAGACCCUGGAGGCGUCUCUUCCACCUCCACAACUUGCCUACAACCCCAUUCCCCCGCCGAUUCCAGAACAGCCGUCUUCCAGUAACGAAGUCGAGAUCAAUCCUAAUGGAUUAUAUCCAAUUCUUCCCACAGCGCCGCCUCCAGACUACGAUGCCGCCCAACUUUGUGUAGCCGACUCCAGCGUCAAUGAGAAGCGAUUUUCGACGGCCACGGAUUCAUCGGAGCCACCGCCGGAAUAUCAGCCAAAGUACCCGUUUUACAUGGAUUUUCAUUGA